AUGGCCGUGCGGUUCCCGCCGUUCUGGCCCGAUAGACCAGCCAUGUGGUUCGCCCAGGCCGAGGCGCAAUUCAUCUUGGCCGGCAUUACCAACGAGCGGAUCAAGUUCUGCCACGUCAUCUCACAUCUGGACUACCGAUACGCCACGGAGGUGGAGGAUAUCAUCACCUCUCCACACGAACGAGGGCCCUACGCCUUACUGAGGACCGAGCUUGUGAGGCGGCUAUCCUCAUCGCCAGAGCAGCGUUCCGGCAACUUCUCACGGUCGAAGAAAUCGAGGUACCUCAAAAGUCUCUCACCAGACGUGUCUGAUAACGUCAUCCGAAGCGUCUGGAUCAGCCGGCUACACCGCAACGUGCAGAGCUUCCUCGCCGGCCAGAACGAGAGCAUCUUGGAGGCCGCGGCCCUCUGUGCGGGCCGCAUCUCCGAGGUCGAAGUCCAGCCAGCGCUCGCAUGCGUUGAUAAACCCACGGACAUCGGCGCACUUCGGCAGGAGAUCGCUGAACUCUCCCGCCAAGUGGCUGCACUCAGCACCGAACAGGACCACCUCCAACCCCGCUUCAGGAAGUCCGACAACAAACGGAGAGACAGAGGCUCCGGUCCAAAGGGUUUCCGCCCCGCCUUCAACAAUCGCCGGCCCGGCAGCAGAUCCCCUUCCCGGGGCGACACCACAUUCAGUAUUUGCUGGCACCACCACAGCUUCGUCGCUAGGGCACAAAACUGUACUCCGCCCUGCUCCUACCGCCAACAGGGAACCUGA